AUGCGCGAGAUUGUUCACCUCCAGGUCGGCCAAUGUGGUAACCAAGUCGGUUCUGCCUUCUGGCAGACGAUUGCGGGCGAGCACGGCCUCGACACCAACGGCGUGUACAACGGUAACGACCACGUCCAGCUGGACCGUAUCAAUGUCUAUUUCAACGAGGCAUCCAGCAACAAGUAUGUUCCCCGAGCCGUUCUCGUCGACCUGGAACCCGGCACCAUGGACACCGUCCGCUCCGGCCCCUACGGACAGUUCUUCCGACCCGACAACUUCGUGUUUGGACAAUCGAGCGCCGGCAACAACUGGGCCAAGGGCCAUUACACCGAGGGUGCUGAGCUGGUUGACCAGGUCCUUGAUGUCGUUCGUCGUGAGGCCGAGGGCUGUGAUGCUCUCCAGGGCUUCCAGAUCUCGCACUCCCUCGGUGGUGGUACUGGUUCCGGCAUGGGCACGCUUCUGAUCUCCAAGAUCCGUGAGGAGUUCCCCGAUCGUAUGAUGGCUACCUUCAGUGUCGCCCCUUCGCCCAAGGUGUCCGAUACCGUCGUUGAGCCCUACAACGCUACUCUUUCCGUCCAUCAGCUGGUCGAAAACUCGGACGAGACCUUCUGUAUCGAUAACGAGGCUCUGUACGAGAUCUGCAAGCGUACUCUCAAGCUGGCCAACCCUGCCUACGGUGAUCUUAACCACCUCGUUUCCACCGUCAUGUCUGGCGUUUCCACUUCUCUGCGCUUCCCCGGACAGCUCAACUCCGACCUGCGCAAGAUGGCCGUCAACAUGGUCCCCUUCCCUCGUCUCCAUUUCUUCAUGGUUGGCUUCGCUCCUCUCACUGGCCGUGGCUCGCACGCCUUCAGCGCCGUCUCCGUUCCCGAGCUCACCCAGCAGCUCUUCGAUCCCAAGAACAUGAUGGCCGGUUCCGAUUUCCGCAACGGCCGUUACCUCACCUGCUCGGCCAUCUUCCGCGGUCGCGUUUCCGCCAAGGAGGUUGAGGAUCAGAUGCGCAACGUUCAGCAGAAGAACUCUGCCUACUUUGUUGAGUGGAUUCCCAACAAUGUUCAGACCACUCUGUGCUCUGUUCCCCCCAAGGGUCUCAAGAUCUCGUCCACUUUCGUCGGAAACUCGACUGCUAUCCAGGAGAUCUUCAAGCGUGUUGGUGAGCAGUUCACGGCCAUGUUCCGUCGCAAGGCUUUCUUGCAUUGGUACACUGGCGAGGGUAUGGAUGAGAUGGAGUUCACCGAGGCUGAGUCCAACAUGAACGAUCUUAUCUCGGAGUACCAGCAGUACCAGGAGGCCGGCGUCGAUGACGAGGCCUACGACGAGGAGUACCCCCAGGAGGAGUAUGCUGAGGAGGAGCAGUAG